AUGUCUGCUCCAACAGGAAUCCAAACCUACAAUUCAGCGCCCGUGAACUCCAACAAGGAGGAAGAAGGCACGCACGCAACAACCUCGCAGCCCAAACCCGCCACCGCAAUCGAGUCACUAGCAAGCGCACCCUCACAACCCCCAUCAGCACCCGCAACAACAACAGCAACAGCCACAGCUCCCUCCAACCCUCCAAUCCACGCAGUCGCCGAGCCCACCUCCUCAGAACCAGCACCACCCCAGCCAGGCGCCACAGCAGUGCAACCAACUCCAACAGCAACAGCCGCACCUCAAGCACCACCACCACCAACCUCUUCCCUCCCCGAGACAGCAACAGCAACAUCAACAACCCAGACCCCACCCGCACCCCAACCGGGCGCCGUCCCAUCACCAUCAACAGCAUACACAGGAGCAGGAGCAGGAGCAGGAGCAGGAGCAGGAGUACCAGCUCAAUCCACCUCUCCAAUCCCUCCACCUCCAAAAGCCGGCGAAACCAUCACCCAACCACCACAAAAAGCAACCCAACCAACCCAAAGCUACGCACAAUCCUACUCCUACAACGCGCCGACUCUGGGUGCGCAGACCGCAAUACCGAACUCGACCUCCUCGCCUUAUUCAUCUGUGUACCAAACGCAGGCGGGAGCGUACGCUCGUCCGCAGACGCAGGGUCUGCCGCUGCAUUACGGUGGCGGUGCUGGGGCUGGGUCUGGGUCUGGUGGUGGGGCGGAUAGUAUCUUCCCUGAUGAGGAGGAGGGGUUUAUGGGUGCGGCGAAGGGGUGGAUGAGGUGGUCCGGGAAUAAGUUGGCGGAGGUUGAGAAGGGGGUUUGGAAGAAGAUUAAUGAUGUUCAUGAUUAG